CGGUGGGCGCCGGGGCGGCCAGGCUGCUGCGUCCUCGCACCGCCGGCGCGCGGUUCCCGGCGGGCCAACGGCGGCCAGCCGAGGCCGAGAGCCUCAGCGUCCCUUCAGCGUCCCGCCGCACCGCGACAGCCGCGCUGGUCGUGCUCCUUGGGGAGACUUCGACUUGUUCGAGACCUGAUGGCCAAAAGAAAAGAAAAUUUCUUCUCUCCUGAAAAUGCCAAAAGACCAAGACAAGAAGAGUUGGAUGACUUUGACAAAGAUGGUGAUGAAGAUGAAUGUACAGUUUCUUUCACUAAUGGUACCUCUACUUUGACUGCAGCAGAAGUUGGAAUAAUUGAGAGUAUUCAGCUAAGAAACUUCAUGUGUCAUUCGAUGCUUGGACCCUUUAAGUUUGGUUCUAAUGUCAACUUUGUUGUUGGCAACAAUGGAAGUGGGAAGAGUGCAGUGCUCACAGCUCUCAUAGUGGGUCUUGGUGGAAAAGCAGUCGCUACCAAUAGAGGCUCUUCUUUAAAAGGUUUUGUGAAAGACGGACAGAACUCCGCAGAUAUCUCAAUAACAUUAAGGAACAGAGGAGAUGAUGCCUAUAGAGCAAAUGUAUACGGUAACUCUAUAGUUGUGCAGCAACACAUCAGCAUGGAUGGAAGUCGAUCUUAUAAACUAAAAAGUGAAACAGGCACCGUGGUUUCUACUAGAAAAGAAGAGCUGAUUGCAAUUCUUGAUCAUUUUAACAUACAGGUGGAUAAUCCGGUUUCUGUUUUAACACAAGAAAUGAGCAAGCAGUUCUUGCAGUCUAAAAAUGAGGGAGACAAAUACAAAUUCUUCAUGAAAGCAACCCAACUUGAGCAGAUGAAGGAAGAUUAUUCAUACAUUAUGGAAACAAAAGAAAGAACAAAGGAGCAGAUAAAUCAAGGAGAAGAGCGACUUAUUGAACUGAAACGCCAGUGUUUGGAGAAAGAAGAACGUUUUCAAAGUAUUGCUGGCUUAAGUACAAUGAAGACUAAUUUGGAAUACUUGAAACAUGAAAUGGCUUGGGCAGUGGUCAAUGAAAUUGAAAAGCAAUUGAAUGCUAUCAGAGAUAAUAUAAAAAUUGGAGAAGAUCGUGCUGCUAGACUUGACAGGAAGAUGGAAGAGCAGCAGGUUAGACUUAAUGAAGCAGAAAAAAAAUACAAAGAUAUUCAAGAUAAACUAGAAAAGAUUAGUCAAGAGACAAAUGCACGGGCACCAGAAUGUUUGGCACUGAAAACAGAUGUUACUGCUAAGAAAAGGACCUAUAAUGAAGCUGAGGUUUUAUAUAACCGGUCUCUAAAUGAGUAUAGAGCAUUAAUGAAAGAUGAUGAGCAGCUUUGCAAAAGAAUCGAAGAACUAAAGAAAAGUACUGAUCAAUCUUUGGAACCUGAACGAUUGGAAAGGCAAAAAAAAAUAUCUUGGUUAAAAGAGAGAGUAAAGGCCUUGCAGGAUCAGGAAAGUUCAAUCAAUCAAGAGAUCGAACAGUUUCAGCAAGCCAUAGAAAAGGACAAAGAAGAACGGGUCAGAAUUAAGCGAGAAGAAUUAGAUGUGAAACAUACACUGAGCUAUAAUCAGAGACAACUGAAAGAACUGAAAGAUAGUAAAACUGAUCGACUGAAGAGAUUUGGGCCUCAUGUUCCAGCUCUUCUUGAAGCAAUAGAUGAUGCUUACAGGCGCGGCCGUUUUACCUUCAAACCCGUGGGCCCUUUAGGAGCUUGCAUUCAUCUUCGGGACCCUGAACUUGCAUUGGCUAUUGAAUCUUGCUUGAAGGGACUUCUGCAAGCCUAUUGUUGCCAUAACCAUGCUGAUGAAAGAGUCCUUCAGGCACUGAUGGAAAAAUUUUAUUCACGAGGGACCUCACGGCCACAGAUUAUAGUUUCUGAGUUUCGGAAUGAGAUGUACGAUGUAAGACACAGAGCUGCUUAUCAUCCAGACUUUCCAACAGUCCUGACCGCAUUAGAAAUAGAUAAUGCAGUUGUUGCAAACAGCCUGAUUGACAUGAGAGGCAUAGAGACGGUGCUUCUGAUCAAAAAUAAUUCUGUAGCCCGUGCAGUAAUGCAGUCUCAGAAGCCACCCAAGAAUUGUAGAGAAGCAUUUACGGCUGAUGGUGAUCAGGUCUUUGCAGGACGUUACUAUUCAUCUGAAAAUACAAGACCUAAAUUCCUAAGUAAAGACGUGGAUUCUGAGAUAAGUGAUUUGGAGAAUGAAGUUGAAAAUAAGAAGGCUCAGAUACAAAAUCUUCAGCAACAUCUGUCUACCCUUGAAAAGGAUAUUAAGCGCAAUGAAGAAUUUCUUAGAAGGCGCCAAAUGCAUUUUAGAGAGUUAAAGGUAAAAAUAACAGAAAGUAUUUCUGAAAUUCGGGAGCUUGAGAAUAUAGAAGAACACCAGUCUGUAGAUAUUGCAACAUUGGAAGAUGAAGCUCAAGAAAAUAAAAUCAAAAUGAAAAUGGUUGAGAAAAAUAUGGAACAGCAAAAAGAAAAUAUGGAACAUCUUAAAAAUCUGAAAAUAGAAGCAGAAAACAAGUAUGAUGCGAUUAAGCAGAAAAUUAAUCAGCUCUCAGACCUAGCAGAACCACUUAAGGAUGAGUUAAACCUUGCUGAUUCUGAAGUGGAUAACCAAAAACGAGGGAAGCGGCAUUAUGAAGAAAAGCAGAAGGAGCACUUGGAUACUUUAAAUAAGAAGAAACGAGAACUGGAUAUAAAAGAAAAAGAAUUGGAGGAGAAAAUGUCACAAGCAAGACAAAUCUGCCCAGAACGGAUUGAAGUAAAAAAAUCUGCAUCAAUUCUGGACAAAGAAAUUAAUAGAUUAAGACAAAAGAUACAAGCAGAACACGCUAGUCAUGGAGAUCGAGAGGAAAUAAUGAGGCUGUACCAAGAAGCAAGAGAAACCUAUCUUGAUCUGGAUAAUAAAGUAAGGACUUUAAAAAGAUUUAUUAAAUUGCUGGAAGAAAUAAUGACUCAUAGAUACAAAACAUAUCAACAAUUUAGAAGAUGUUUGACUUUACGAUGCAAAUUGUACUUUGACAACUUACUAUCUCAGCGUGCCUAUUGUGGGAAAAUGAAUUUUGACCACAAGAAUGAAACUCUUAGCAUAUCAGUUCAGCCUGGAGAGGGGAACAGGGCUGCUUUCAAUGACAUGAGAGCCUUAUCCGGAGGAGAACGUUCUUUUUCCACGGUUUGCUUCAUUCUUUCUCUGUGGUCCAUUGCUGAGUCUCCUUUCAGAUGCCUGGAUGAGUUUGAUGUCUACAUGGACAUGGUUAACCGGAGAAUCGCAAUGGAUAUGAUACUCAAGAUGGCAGACUCCCAGCGCUUCAGACAGUUUAUCUUGCUCACCCCUCAAAGCAUGAGUUCACUUCCGUCCAGUAAACUGAUUAGAAUACUUCGGAUGUCCGACCCUGAAAGAGGACAGACUACGUUGCCUUUCCGACCCGUGACUCACGAGGAGGAGAAGGACCGGAGCUGACGUGGGACGGCUCGCGCCGCGUCCUCACGCGGGAGAUUCGUGAGGGAGGCCGUUCGGGAGUAUAUGCUCAAAUAAAGUGAAACUGAAAAUAUUCUGAAAUAAAAGGAACUCCUUUAUACAUCUGGCCCCAAUAAAACAUGUAAAUAAGUCUAGAAAGCUGACUACAACAACCAGCAAUUUAAAAUUACUGUUACUUUACUUUGAGGAAAUUAAUUUCAUAGUACUGGUUUUAAAUCUUUUUUUUAAGUUUUUUUUUAACCAUCUACUUUUAUAGAUUGUUUUUCAGAGGUAAAAUUUUGUACAUAUGUACAUGUACAUAUCUGUUUAGUUUGGGUUCAUUUCUAUGGUAUUUUGUAAGAAUUAAAAUAAAAGUUUGAGCACCUAA